AUGUCGCCGGUGACGCUGGAGAGCAGAGGCGCGCGGGGGAAGGAGAGGUGGGUUUUGGUUUCUUGGCGCUGCGGCGAGGCGGAGAAGAGAAGAAGCGAGAGCUCCGAUCCAGAUCCCUCCUCGCCCCCACUCCUCUCCCCAGAUCCAGAUUCCUCCGCUGCCGCCAACCUCUCCCCUCGCCUCCGCCACCCACCUCUUCCCUCGCCGCCGGUCUGCAGCCGUCUGCACCCUCCCCUCCCCUCCACUCAUCACAAGACAAGAGAAGAAGAAAGGACGGCUCUCCCGAUUUCAGAUCCAAUCCUCCUCCCUCCCUCCUCGCCCCGGCUCCCUGCUCCCCUCCCCUUCCAGAUCGUCGCCACCACCUCCCUCCUCCUCCCUCGCCCCGGCUCCCUGCUCUGCCUCGACGGGCUGGUGCACCACCAUGACCGCAACGAGCCCAAUCCCAUCGCCGAAUCUCGGAACAUCGCCACGGCUUCCUACUCCGCGGCGGCCGAGGCGGCGCGGGAGCUGCAGGACGCGGUGGCGGCCCUCGCCGUGCGUCGCGCCGCCGACGAGGACGCGCUGCGGUGCCGCGCCGUCGCGCUGGACGCCAACGUCCGCCGCCUACAGGGCUCCCUCGCCCCCCUCGACCCCGCCACGCUCGAGUUAGUGCCUCCAAUGUGGUCGACGGAGAGUGCAUCGGGGAUUCGGGGUCGUCUUCAAGAAGGACAAGACCAGGGUCUCCAAUGGAUCAGGGGUUUGUGCAGGCCAUCACCAUGGUACGCCGAGGUGCUGCAGGUGUCAAGGAAGACGAUGGUUCGGUUUAGACAGUGA